GCGGGAUCUCACCUUGGCUGUGUUUGAUUAAAAACUUGACUUUUUCAAUAAAUUAUGACUUAAACGAAACAUCAGUUUAUUUAUUAUUACAAACAUUUGAUAAAAUUAUUUCGAAAUGCCUUAUAAAUUUCACGUUUCAGGAAUCUUGGUGUCCUUAAGGCCUGGAAUCGAAUCACGCAUCCAAAGUUAAUUUGCUUCCUUACGUCACUUUGCCCUAUUUAUUUUCACGCAUUCAUUCAGACAUCCCCAUUACUCAUUCAUAAGCUAUCUAAUCAAAAGCGACGAGCUUAAUAUCCGCCAAAUCCUAGUCCAAGGUGAUUCGGUCAGACAUCAGUGCGAUUUGUGCAGUGCAAGACCGCGAAAUGGCUUUUAAAAAAGUGACACACGUUAUUUUCGAUAUGGACGGCCUCCUUAUUGAAUCUGAGUCAGCGUACGACAAGGUCAUCAGCGAAAUCGCCGAGGCUUUCGGAAAGCAAUACACGAAGGACAUCAAAAUCAAAAUUCUGGGAACUCCCGAGCCCGACACUGCCCGAAUUGCGGUCACUGAAAUGGGGCUCCCGUACACAAUUGACCAAUUCCUCGAAAUCUACAGAAGUAAAGUCAGACAAGAAUUACAAAAUCCUCCACUCAUGCCGGGCGCUAAACGCCUUGUGGAGCACCUCCACAAGCACAACAUCCCUAUCGCGGUGGCCACCUCCUCCUCCCAAGAGUCCAUGGAGAUGAAAACGAAAAACCAUCAAGAAAUGUUUAAAUUGUUCCACCAUAUCGUAUGCGGCACUACCGAUCCUGAAGUAAAACACGGCAAACCCGCCCCCGAUAUUUUCCUAGUCUGCGCUUCAAGGUUCCCCGAUAAGCCCCAAGUUGAACAGUGUUUGGUACUCGAGGACGCGCCCAAUGGGGCUAGAGGGGCUAUCGAUGCAGGGAUGCAAGCUGUUCUAGUACCUGCCGCUGAUGUUCCCGAAGAAAAAAGAAAGCCGGCAACUCUUGUUCUAAACUCAUUGCUGGAAUUCAAACCGGAACUUUUCGGACUUCCGGCUUUUGAGUGAAGUUUUUAGACAAAUUUUUAGGCAAUAGGCGAAAAUGCACCAAUUGUUGCAUGUUAAACAUAUAGCUAAAUUAUUUAUUUUGAUGUAUCGUGUUACACCAUGAUUAAAUAAAUUAUUUUACUAUAA